GUUCCUGGCUCUCUUUUUCUUCCUUCCAAAGGUUUGGGAAACUUCUAGGGGAGAUGAGAGAGACAGAGAAAUUGUGAAUUGAUGAUUAUUCUUAGCAUAUUUAUGCAUUUUAGAAUAAGAAUUCGUUAAAAUUGGUUCAUUUUUUGAAUCUCUUUAAUUCGUCUCUGAUCUUUCCUCGACUCCUCUUUCUAGGGUUUAUUCAUUACCUUCUUCUUCUUCAGGUUGCUUGAUGUUGGAAAGUCAUGCCAACAUCCACAGCUAUAGCUUUGGACAGGCUAAUCGAACCAGGAACUGAAAAGUCUGUGAUGCCAGUGAGAAAUGCUUCUGAUCCAAAAUUCCAGAGGAGAAAUAGUACUCCAGACUCAAGGCUCGAUAAGAGAAUCAUUGCUCCUAGUUCAAAGCUAGAGAGAGGAGUUAGUGUUCCAGCUAAUCAAAAGCUCAAUACAUCAAAUGGUUCAUCGACUACAGCUUUUUUAGAUCGAAGACACAAUUGGACUCAAAUCUCGCCCGCACUCUAUGCCACUCCAGAGUCGACUCCACUUCCCGAUGCCCCCUCUUCAUUCCCUCCAUCUCCUUAUAUCAUUAAUCACAAGAGGCGGGGCCCUAGACUAAUGAAGUGUUUCUCCGAGGACGAUGUUGUGUCUCACCAACGAGCUAUGGAUGGAAAAAAUGCUGAAAAGGAGCUUGCAGGCAUAGCUAAGGAUGAUUGCUGUAUUCAUAAGCAACCUGUGGACUCUUUCGUGGAUGAUAGUUAUGCACCAACUGUUCUCAAUGCUGCCAGGGAGGAGGAUCUGAAUGGUGUGUCUGAUGGAAAACAUGGAAGCAGUGAUUUGGCGAAUGGUUCAACUGUUAAAAAUAGCGCGACAAAGUCUGUCGGAUUUAAUUUGCAGCGAGAUGGUGAGGUAGAUGACUUCUUUGAUAGCCAGGACUUGAUGAGUGUUAAGAGCAGUAGUGAAAGUGAGGGUGUUGGUGGAGCAGAGCGCUCUUUGAAUUCAAUAACACCAACAGCUGAGUUUUAUGAUGCUUGGGAAGAAUUGUCAUCAGAGAGUGGCCCACAGUCUUCAAUUCCUGAUAUUGAAAAUGAAUUGCGUGAAAUAAGAUUGAGUUUGCUGAUGGAGAUAGAGAGGAGGAAGCAAUCAGAAGAAAUCCUUAAUGAUAUGCGAGGCCAAUGGAAUAGUAUCCAGGACCAGUUAUCUCUUGCAGGGUUGACGCUCCCCACAACUACUUUGCAAGAGGAUGGACUGCCAGGUGAUUCUGCAACAGAUCUGUGCCAACAAGUCUAUCUCGCCCGCUUUGUUUCAAACUUAAUUGGGAGGGGGACUGCAAAGGCUGAGGUUGAGAUGGAGAUGGAAGCUCAAAUUGAGUUGAAGAACUCUGAGAUUGCUCGUUUAUGGGAUAAGCUACAUUAUUACGAGGCUGCGAACCGGGAGAUGUCUCAGAGAAACCAAGAAGCUGUAGACGUAGCAAGACGACUUAGGCAAAGGAGGAAGAGAAGACAGAAAUGGGUGUGGGCAUCGAUUGCUUCUGUGGUUACAGUUGGUUCUGCGGCCUUAUUGUGGUCUUACUCCCAGACUGGAAAAGGAUCAUCUUCCUCAACCCAAUCACAUGAACCUGGGGUUGAACAUGGUUCGAAGCAAUGAACUCCAAGUGGAUAGCUUAGUUCAGGCUAUGCCUUAUAAAUGAAAAACAAACAGGAGGUCGAUUUUACGAUCUUGUGAAUACCAACAUUUUUGUCGUUUUCGCUCGGUUACAUAUUUUCUGCUUCUGCCAUUGUGUAUAGAUCUAAUAAUAAAUCAAAGUACGAAACCAGAAGUCAAUAUAGUAUGCCUGGGUUAGAUUCAUUUUAAAAUUGUUUGGAUGCUUGCAUCCUACCUUGGUUUAUACAGCUGGUUAACUUGGAAUUUUA